GCCGCUGCAGCCCACAGGAACCUCGAUAUCCACACGGUGUCUCGGCAGUGUGGUGGGAGGAUGAGGGAGGACUAGUUAGACAUGAUGGGACCUCACAUCUCCCGCACGCGACGCAGAACCUGAAACCCCCCCACAAAUGUUUCUGCUGCUGGACUUUCUAAUGCUACGGAGAAACUCAAAAACUUCGAGGCUUCAAGGAUGUUCUUCUCAGAUGGGACUCUGUCAGCCGUCAGUUAUGCGCUCCUGUUGGGAAUAACGUGUCUGAGCGUCCUCUGCGAUCUCACCAAGGGCUCUUCAGACUUCUCAGGCUACCUGUCCAAAGUGUUGAGGAACUACACCGAGCAGGCCUGUGACGGAGACUUCCUGUCAGUUCGUUGCCCGCCCCGAACCACUAUCACUGUCCAAUCAGCUUUCUACGGAAGGAGAGGCGCCUCUGACCCUCAACAAUGUCCUCAAACCUACCAGGCCCUCCUCAGUUCUCAUAACACUCGGGAGGAUGACCGAUAUUGUUCUGUGUCCACUGCACUACAGAAAAUGCUGGACGAGUGCCAGGACAGAAGGAGCUGUCAAGUCCUUGUCAACAGCCGCGUGUUUGGGACAGACCAGUGUCCUGGCAGCAGUAAAUACCUCAUUGUCUGGUACAAAUGCAGACCUAACGAGUAUAAGAGUAAGGUGGUCUGUGAGGAGGAGAGGAUGAGGCUGAGCUGCAAACGGGGCAUGCAGAUUGCCGUUUACUCCGCCAUGUUUGGCCGAACUCAACAGGGAACCCUGGAGUGUCCCCUGUACCACAGGAGGGCCCCGUCAGUAGACUGCCAGUCAUCUGUGGCUCUGCAGGUUCUGACCGCCCGCUGCCAGGGAAAGAAAAGCUGUCUGGUCCGAGCCUCCACCAGAGACUUUGGAGAUCCGUGUUACUCCGGCACCAGGAAGUACCUCAGCGUCAUCUACACCUGUGUCCCAAAGAAGUUGCUCCAGGAGCAGGGACCCAGACCGCCAGUGUACUCCCCUCCACCCAGCGCCCAUGACCCCAACAUAGUGGGAGACAGCCCUCCGGAAGGGAGCUCAGUCAAAAGCCCCGACUCUGUUCCAGAUAGGAAGAAGAUUAGGGAGACAAACCCCAACGAGGAGAAGUUUUCAGAAGCCGGAGGAGGAGGCGGAGGAGAGAGUCCACUGCGGCCCCCAGGCAUGAACCCCAUCAUCAACUCCACUUCUGGUGCCAACAUGGCUCUCAUCAGCAACGCACUGGCAGCCUACAACUACAUAUCAGACCACCCAGAGAGGGCAGCGCUCUUCUUCGUCUGCGGCGUCUGUUUGGGCCUCUUCCUCACGCUCUUCGCCCUGGUGGUCCAGAUCUCCUGCCGCACCGACUGCCAGCCCCGCCAGCGGCCUCCGGCCAAGAAACGAGCACGUCCCGCAGACUCGUCCUCCGAUUCCAGCGACUCGGACUCAGACUGGGACACCACCUCGGAUCUGUCGGCGCGGCGGCACCGGCGAUUCGAACGCACGCUUAACAUGAACGUGUUCACGUCAGCGGAGGAGCUGGAGAGGGCGCAGAGGCUGGAGGAGAGGGAGCGAAUCAUUAGGGAGAUCUGGAUGAACGGGCAGCCUGACAUCCCCGGGACGCGGAGCCUCAAUCGAUAUUACUGAGGAUUGCUUCGGGGCUUUUUAGAGAAUGCUUACUUGAACAAAAUUUAGAACGCACUUGAGUUGAAAGGGGUAAGAGACAUAGACUAUGAAGCAAGCAUGCAAACUGAUUAGACCAGUGGAAGGUGUGCAGACUUGGACUUGCAGACUGGUUUGCGUACUCCUCUGGGUAUCAUAAGCUAUACCCCAUUCAGAAAGAGAAUAUGCUCCCUCUCUGCAUGGUAAGCUCACCUCUUUCUACCGGAAGCGAGGGGUGAAAGGCUACACCGCCUCGCCCGUGACCUCAGCACGCCUUUUUGAAGUGGGGAUUUAUGGGUUAGCUGCCUUAGACACACACAGGCCUGUAGAGACGACAUGGUGACUGAAGGACCAAGGCCUCAGAUGGCUCUGUUUUACACAGACAUGAGGCAGCUGCACAAAAAAAAAAAAAAAAAAUCAGCGAGACUUGGAGCUUUAUGCUCAGCACCCUCCAGUAUUCAUGCGUGAACUUGACAGAGGGGCAACAUAGAGCAGGAAGAAGUGUAAUAUGGGACACAACGUGAGACAAUCUUUCCACAGUGAAUAACCAUGCUGCCUUUUGAACUUUAUAAAACCAAAAGAUAUUUUGGGGGGGAAUUCAUCUCAAACCCUUAUGAAAUCUAUUUUAUAAUAUUUAAUAGUUUAUUGAUGUUGUGUAUUUUUGUUCUCAAGUAUGGUUUAUUAUGAGAUAUUUUUAUACUUGGCGAAGGUUGUCUGGCACCUCAGGGAUGCAAUCCUAGUGUUUCUGUGUUUGGUUGAUGUAUUUGCUUCCUAAAAAAGGGGGGGGGGGUUGGCCCAUGUAGACAGCUAAUGUCAGCAUUUAAAGAAAAGAUUUAGAAAUAUCCUUUAAAGAGCCUCAAAGAGGUUUAGUGAUUGAACCUUAUUUUUUUGAUACAGUAUGUUUAAUUCACAGUGCAGUGCCUUUUCUAGCUAUUAAGUCACUGUUGUCAUGUGCAGCUGUUGUAUAACCCAAUAACUGGUCAAAUGAUGUAUUGAUUGGAUAUGCCAAAUUUAUCUUGUCAUAAAUGCAUUCCCUUUUAUCAUUAAUGUUGCUUUACUGAAGUGGAGCAUGUGUUAAAUCUGUCAGCCACGUUGCACUUGUCAAUAUAUGCCAAUUCUUUAUCAGUGAAUUUGCUAAAAACUGAGCAAAUUUCAGGUCUUUUAUCAAGUGUUUAUUUCAAAAACACCAGUGCUACACCAGAUGUUUGUGGCAAUCGCUGUUCAUCGUCUGGAGAAGGAACCAGCGCUGAAAAAAGGUUCACAGUGAACCUGCGUCUCUAAAAUCACGUUGCCAGUUGAAUAAAAUAAGCUAUUGUCAAUCCAGUUCUGUUUGCGCUGCCCUGGAUUCAAGAGUAGAAAUGAUAAUAAUAAUAAUAGUUUUAAUGAAAAAAGCUUGCUAUUUUCCUGACUGAGAGUUUAAUUGAGAGUACACAGGACAUAUUCGGGUCAUCCACAUAAAGACUGCCACUCUAUAUAGUUUUUAUAAAGACAGUUAUAUUGUGUUUAAAUUUGAAUGGGAUUAAAACGUGCCAAUAGCUGGUAAAGUGAGACCAAAAUAUGACUCCUGUGCUUGGA